AUCAGCUCCACAGGUUCCUCAUCAUCAUCAUCGUCAUCAUCAUCAUCAGACUGUGCUGCUGUGACACCAUGGAGUUUUUAGAUCACGGCUUCCUGGGCACGCGCUCGCCCUAUGAUUCCACUUUUAAUUUUUGGAACGACUACCUCGGCCUGUCCACACUUGUCGCCAAAACCAAGAUCCACAGUUCGCCCUUCAGCCCCAACUCUAUCACAGAGUCCCUGAAGGCGACGCUGGGCUUGGAGGACGAUUCCCCGGAUUGCUCGUGCGUAAUUGGGCACGGCAGGGACAGCGACGCGCACUCGGACUGCUGCUGCGCGGCCGCAGCCUCUCCGCAGAUCUCCAUCUGCGAUCUCAAGGAGCGCAUCUCGCUCCUCCAGCCCUACGAGCACCUGAGCGGAGAUUCUCCCUCCUACGGAGGCAGCUUCGCGGGCCUGGACCUGCUCUCCAUGGAGCCGCGGCGCAAACAGACUCAGAGGUGUAAGCCGGAGCCCAAGGUGUGCGUCUUCUGUCGGAAUAACGGCGCACCGGAGGAAGUUUACGGCACUCACAUCCUGAAGACAGCGGAGGGCAGAGUGCUGUGUCCGAUCCUGCGCGCAUACACCUGCCCGCUCUGCAGCGCCAACGGCGACAACGCGCACACCAUCAAAUACUGCCCGCUGUCCAAGGAGCAGCCGGGCCACAGGGUGGCGAGGGGGGGGCCCGGGGGGGCCAGGGUCAUCGGGAAGAGGCUGAAAAUCUUCUAACACAACAAAGACCACAUGAUCCACUUUGAUUUGCACUGUGCGCGCGUGCGCGCGCGGCAUUAAUGUUGCCCCAAUUCAUGCACAAGACAAACCUGAGAGAGAGAGAGAGAUUUAAAAGAAAACACUGGCUCACAGACCAUAAUAUCUGCCUGCUUUUCAGGCCCGUGUGUGUGUGUGUGUGUGAGCAGUGAUCUGCUCUGAUCCACAGGUUGUGUCCAAAAACUGACGUCAGCACAGAACAGAUGAGCAGGUUUUUCAUAUUCUAACUGUGAAAGAGUGAUCGAGGGGAAAGAGUUCAGGAGUUUGAACUAAAGAAAGUUCACUGUUAAACUCCUGAAAGAACUGUGGAUUGAAAUGAAUGCAUGAAAUUGUCAGAAUAAUCCCACAGUGGAAAAGCACUUCAUUCACACAUGCAUCUUUAAGGCCAGGCAGAGUCAGUUUAACGUUCAUUUGUAAUGUUUUUUUUUUAGUUUACAUUUGGACGCAUUGUGCACAACAUACAGAACAUAUAUCAUUUCAACUUUGCCCAAACAGCACAACAGAAAUCUCCAAUCCAUUCAUCAGAGUGUUUUCAUGAUUUACUUGUUUACAGCUUCUUAACUGUGAAUAUGUUCUGGUUUCUUUGCUUCACAGAACAAAUCAAUCAUUGAAACUGAAUCAUUAAUAUAGUUGACAUAUGAAACCCAGCACUCUGAGGACUUGAAUGCUGCAGCUUCAGUGAAGACACAUUGGUCCUGAUGUGAGCUGAAUGUCUCACAGACUCUGGGGCACAUCGUCGUUGUUGUUCUUUUCUUUUUCUCUUGAGAUGAAAUAUUUUCUACCAAAGAAAUUCACUUUUGUAUUUAGCAUUUCAGUGCGUUUAUAUCUGUUGGAUGUCUUAUAUUCUUUAGUCUAUCAAUGUGAUUUUAGUACUUUGCAGACUUGAACUGAAUGUAAACAUUAGAUGAAGCUCUGUUGAUGUUCUUCGGAUCUGUCACAGGUUCAUAUGUAACUGCAGUUCUUGUGUAAAGUUGUAGAAAAGCUUGACAUUCCAAAGUCUAUCUGUCAAUAAAAGUGUUUUAUGUACUUAUUUUUACCUGAUGUAUCAAAUAUCUUCACUGUAAAUAACCUCUGAAUAAACAACUCCUUUUCUGUACAAUAA